AGAUAUUUAAAUCCUAAUGUUUUCUACUACUGUUGUGUUGUUUAUCUGUUGUAGAAGUUGUUCACAGCAGACUGUUAAUCGAUACUCGCAGUGUGUUUGAAUCGUGGCUGCAUCACAAACAGCACGUCAUCGGGUCGGUCUGCAGGUUGCGUUUUCGUUCUCAGUUGUUGGCGUGCGAGACGCGCAGAAUGACACCCAUGUGAGCAGAUACCAUGCCUUGUGUGUCUGCUUUCCUAUUGGCUGCUUUGAGCUCAUGUUUUAUUAAUGACGCAGAGGCGUGGUGUGUGUAGGUGUAUUGCGCAAAACCUGGAUUUGACAUUUCUAUUUUAGGGCGGUCCGCUUUCGUCCUUUUAGCCAACAUAUGUGUAAUACAUUAGUAUACAAGUCACUGAUUGUAUUCAAUGUUUAGUUUUCGUGUAAUUCGUCGAAUAAACGCGUUGAUAAGAAAUAUCCAUGUCCGUGUUUUGAAAGCCCAGCAUGUGUAGGGCGGGGUCACUGAAGCAGGGGGCGUGACCGAGCUGUCUGUACAAUGGCCCGAUAUGUUGACUGAAUAACCCGCCAUCUUGUUGUGACUCCUCUACGUGCGUGGAAGAGUGUGACUUCACGGGGGAUCCAGUCACGUCUUUCCUUUUAUUUUAUUAUUAUUUUAUUAAACAGACGAGAAGAUUGGGUCCCGAACUGAAGCGUUUGAAUCCAGAGAGCUGAUUCAUUUCUCCAAUCGUUUCUUGGACCAUAAAACAAAACCGAGAUGAGUAUCGAGACGCUUUUAGAGGCGGCGAAGUUUUUGGAAUUGCAAGCCCUGCAACAACAGAAAGCACGUGAAGAGAAUGAGCUGCAGGAGCGGCGGCGUCGUGAGCAGGAGGCAGAGAAGCGGAGAGCAGAGCUGAACUCUUACACUCAGCCCAUUCGGCUGAACCCCGUUCCCUACAGGGAGGAGUCCGGCCCUGAGCGUCAACACAUACCUGCCUGCCAGCCUCCACCCCCUCUUCCACCCAUGCCCAUCACCGUCAUCCCCAUCCCGCUGGUUCCCAGCACCCCUCCUGCCCUCCCUCCACCCCCCACCACCUCCCUCAGCCCGUCCGCAGCACCCCGUCUCACGCCGCCCAGAAAAGAUGCUUCACCACUGCCAAACCAGCACCCGCGGCCCCUCGCCCCGACUCAGGUCAAAACAGAGCCCACGUCACUGCCCCAGUCCAAUGGCACAAAACCAGCCCAACAGAUCCAGAGCUACCCCGGCUCCAUCGUCACAUCAUCCCAGCAUGCACUGCUCCCUCAACCUGCCCCUCCGUCGCUUCAGACCAGCCCCGUGGGGAGAGGAAGUCCGCCAGAGGACCACCGUGGUUUUGAUGGCAAGAAGAGGCCUGGAGGGGCAGGAACGAGAGAAGUGCACAAUAAGCUUGAAAAGAACAGACGUGCACAUUUAAAGGAGUGCUUUGAGACUCUGAAGAAGAACAUCCCUAAUGUUGACGAGAAGAAGACAUCCAAUCUAAGCGUUCUGAGAAGUGCUUUGAGAUACAUUCAGACGCUGAAGAGGAAGGAGAAGGACUAUGAGCAUGAGAUGGAGCGUCUAGCACGGGAGAAGAUCGCCCUGCAGCAGAGAUUGGCUGAGCUGAAGAACGAGCUGAGCCAGAGACUGGACGUGAUGGAGAUCGACCGCCUUCUCCGACAGACCGUCCAGCCUGAUGAUGACCAGGCCUCUACCUCCACUGCCUCUGAAGGUGAAGACAACUUUGAUGAAGACAUCGAUGACGACAGCUUAUCCUCCAUGCCCACCGCCUUACCCAAAGUGCCUGCUGCGCUUCAGCCCGAGUUAAAGAAAUCUCACCCCUUGUCGUCCCUUCUAACACAACACAUCCAUAUCCCACAUAAACAGUCUAAACUCCCCAUGCCCUCGGCUCAAUUGUCCCCCAUUGCCGCAGCCACCCCGAUCACAACUUUAUCCUCAACUCCUAAUGGCCUGGCAUCUGCUCCUGCUCCCCAAACCCUACCUCCAGCCCACACCCAUAUAGUGACCGCUGCCAGCCUGCAGCCCUCAGUCAUCGCCCAUGCGGGAUCAGCGUCACAUGCCUCCGUCAUCCAAACAGUCAACCACGUCAUUCAGCCCGCAUCCAAACACAUGGCCCAUAUCGCUCCUUCCUCCUCCAGCCCCGUUCAGCUGGCACCCGGACCUCAAUCCAUCAGCCACAUCACUGUCGCCCACCUGCCAGGAAUCUACCCUCAGCCGGUCACCGUCACGCAGCCGGCGGUCAUGAGCCACAUCGCGCACACACUCUCUCAUGCCCAGAUCAACGGCACGGCUGCACCCUCCGCGCAAGCCGCCAUCAUGGCCAAACAGACGCCGGUGGGCGCGCAAGUCGUCGCUCAUCACCCUCAGCUGGUGGGCCAGACCGUCCUGAAUCCGGUCACCAUGGUGACCAUGCCCUCCUUCCCAGUCAGCACGCUAAAGCUGGCCUAAAGCGCUGACCAAUCACGCAAAGACACUUCCGCCCCAUUCAAGACUGCAGACACUAUAAAGCUACAGUACAUUCCAAAUGGAAAAGAAAGUAUCUAAAGCGACACAAAGAGUUUAUUGAAUGUCUAAUACUAUAUAGUGAUUAUAUAAGACAAGAUAUGUUCUACGUGUAUGUGUGGGCACAGUUCAGAGCGCUAGAGAAGUGUGUUUUGAUGAAACUGUGGUCCGAUCCCAGCCUAAAUUGACUGUCAGCCAGCCUAUAAUGUGUGACUACUGGUUUUAAAGGCAGCCCCAUUAUACCUCACACUAACAGCACACCUCAUGUGAAUGCUCCUGCUAGACCAGGUUUAGUGUACUGUCUGGUGUCUGAUGUAGACCAAAAAUAUAUAUAUUUAUUCAGCCUCAUGUUGUUUCAACCUGACUAACUUUCUUCUGCAAAGCUUGAAUAUGAUUAGUUUAUUUGAUAUACACUAAAAGUCAAUAGGGUCCAAUGUGUUUUUACACCCUGUUAUCUUUCAGUGCGCCUAACAAAAAAGUUUAGCUGUGCAUGGAAUGUUGUCGCAGUAUGUCGUUUGUUUGAAUUUGAAUGAAUGUUUGUGUUAAGUAUGAAUAUGCUUAAUAUGAAUGAUUUUUGGGCAUACUUGCAUUAGGGUACUUUUCGCCUACUUUUUUAUAUUCAUUUGGAUGUACUGCUCUUUUGGCAUACAGUUUUUCAGCGUUUGUUUGAUUUCGAACACAACAUCGUUUUAUAUUUUGCAGAAAAGUCGUAGAUGUUUGCAAAAAACAUGAGAGUGAAUAAAUUUGAGGGGGAAUCAGCAUUUUAAUAUCAACUUACCUGGACAGCAUGAUGUCAUGUUUUACCACUGUAGUUGAUGCAAGACGUACAGUAGCAUCAAAAUUACACAGCAAAAAAGAUUGUUUCGAAUCAUUAUUAUUUUUUAACUAUAGAAUGAUUUUUUUAAGUUAUGAUAUUUACAAUACAAGUUUGGUCUUCAUUUACUCUCCCUCUACUUGUUUUAAGCCUUUUUUUGUCGAACACAAGCAAAUGGAAACCAGUAGAUGCUUGACCUCCAUAGUAUGUUAACAAUAAACGGCUAGCGGUUUCCAACACUUAAAAAAUUAUUUUCUUUUGUGUUCAACAGAAAAAAGAAAGUUUCGUUACCACACGAGGGAGAAUAAAUGGUGAGUAAAUUUAAUUUUUUUGGGUAGUCCAUCACUUUAAUAUAGCCUAAAUGACAAUACUUUCAGAAGACGACGCUUCUGAGGGAAACAGUUACAAACAAACCCUCCUAAAACAAGAUUAGUUUAGGUUUUUUCCUCGUUUAGUAGUCAAUCACACAAGUUGACCUCUCAUUUUUGACACCUGGAGCAUAUGUGAGAUGUUUCUCUCUUUCUUUUGCGGAGUUUACAUGAUUUCUUAUCUGUAGUGCUCUAGCUGGCAUAGACACUACUGUUGUGUGACAGUCACGUGGGUCAUCGGGAAUCUGACAGCAGUGCCUUUAACCUCGUCGAUCUGGAGUCCUGUUCAAUGCUGCACAGUCGCCCUCUAUUGUGCUCUUGUUGCAAAUGCACUCUUAACUUAUUCACUAACAAGGCCACCUUCUUCAAUUGAGCUGUGCGCUAGUAUGAAUUCACAUCCGUCGAGUGCUAACACAAUCAUUCGCUGGCGCAAACAUUGUUCUGGAAGUCUCUCUGAAUGUAUUCCAUCACAUUCAAUGCCUUCAUCUCGCCACUGGUGAUUAAUGUCGGAGAUUACAUGUGCAGAACGUUUUCAUGUAGCAAAUAAGUUAAAAUGACACGCAUUCAUAAUUGUGUGUGUGUGAUUGUAUGUGUGUGUGUGUGUGUGUGUGGCAAAUACAUCACAGAAGCUUUAUGUAUGUGUCUGUUUGUGAUUUAAAGGGCUAGUUCACCCAACAAUUCGGACAUUAUUUACUUAAUAUUUACUCAUUCCAAACCAGUUUAAAUUUCUUUUUUAAUUGCACACAAAAGAAGAUAUUUAGAAAAAUGUUGUAAACCUGUUACGAUUGACUUUUCGGUGGCCAAAAAUUCGAUACAUCUUUAAUAUCAACACACUUUUAGAUUCCCAUUGUUGCACAUUUCUGCUGUGUGAUUGGCUCUUAGAUCAAUAUAGAGUAAAAAAGUCCAGAGCUUAUCUUUGUUAUUGACAUGAAUGUUAUUGCGGUUUGAUAUAAUAUCGUUUAUUGGCCCAACGCUAUGUCCAUAGUAGGAACAACAAAUACUAUGGAAGUCAAUGGUUAUCGAUUUCUAACAUUCUUCAAACUAUCUUCUUUUGUGAAGAAACUAAUAAAGCUAGAUUUAAAAUUUUUGAGUGAACGAUCCCUUUAAUAAUAUUACGGUGCAAGUGAAAUGUGGAUGGAUGUGACCUCAUGUUUCUUUAAUGAACAUCUUUAAGCUUCAGGACAGCUGUGUGAGUGUGAGAAAUGGAGGAAUUAUGCGUGGAUGGGAAGAUUUCUUUAUUGAGCCAGACACACUUCUGCAGGUAGAUUAAAAAAGCAAGGAAUACAACUUUAAACUAACACUGUGAUCCAGUCUGUUGUCCCAAACCAGGUUUACAAAUCACACUAGCAUUGUGUUGCGCAAGAGUCCCUGCAUUUGAUUUGCUUUCUUUGUUUGUGUGUGUGUUUUGUACGUACGUGUGUGUGUGUGAGAGAGAGAGAGAGAGAGAGAGAGAAUGAGCUUUUAUUUUACGUUUUAUUUAGGUUGUCAGUUAGUUUUGUGUAUUUACACUCUGUAGGAUGUACACAUUCUUAGACAAAUUGUCGUGGCUGUUUUGGCAUGUAGAUGGAUGAUUCCUGUUUCUGUGCUGACCUUUUAAAAAUAUGUUCUUUUUAAAUUUUCUGGGACCAUGUACAGUUAUAUAUAAAUAUAUAUGUUGGGGCGACUUUUCAGACCUCUUUCCACACUGAUAUUAUAUAUAUAUAUAUAUAUAUGCGUAUAUAUAGUGUGUUUUCCCUAUGGAGAAAGUUCAAGUUGUAUAUAGCCUGUAAAUUUGGGGCUGCGUAUAGACCUAACUGUCAAUUAUGUUAUGAGAGGAGCAAAAAUAAAUAAAAGAACAAAUGUUGAAUAAAAAAAAA